AUGAGAGAACUUCAAGAUCUCAUCUAUGGUAUUAAGAAACUCAUAAAAAGGUCAUUGAACAUCAAAAUUUUUGAAAAUAAACCGAAUAUUCCAGAAAAACGCAGAUUUUAUAGUGAAAACGUCGAAGAACCUCUUCAGACAUUGAAACUGAUGACUGAUGAUUCAGAGCAGUUUACUGUGACACCAACAGUGAGAAAACGCAAAAAAUUGGAUCCUGUUAGAUUUUUGAGGUUCUUUGAUAGUAUCGAUGCAAUUUUGUUGUUGUUUUUAAUGGAAUUGUGUCAACAAUUAUACGAUUCAAUAAGAAAUAUCAAGAAAGAGGAUGGAACAAUGUUAUGCGACACAUUUAUACGAGCUCCGAAACGUCGACAAGAGCCAAGUUACUAUGAAAUUCAGAAGUUGAAGACUGAUUCUUACGAGGAUUUAUCAGAACUGUCUAGUGACAUUGAACUGCUAGUGAAUAACGCUAAAGCGUUCUAUAAACCUGAAAGUGAUGAGUAUGACGAUGCGUGUACGCUUUGGGAAGUUUUCAAUUCAAACAAAGCAAAAAUUCUUGAAAGUCUUAGUGAAGAUCCUUCAUCAGUAUCGUUAUCGGCUGAGCUAAAGCCACGACAAACGCGAGGCAUUGGUAGGCCUCGAAAGUCCACUACAGUUGAUGAUGAUCAAACAUCUGAAAAUUCUUCAGAGAACAACGAAUUCGAUCCUUAUGAGGAACUUUUUGCAGCUGUAAUGACAGCAGUUGACCCACUUGAUGACCGUUCAUUGCAUACGAUGUUUAAAAGAAACAUUACCCAGAAUAUUACGCAGUCAUUGAACAUCCAAUCGAUUUAA